UUGAGUAUUUUGAAAAAGAAGAAGAAGAAGAAUUGAAGUAUUUUGUUGUUGGAAAUUAGCUAAUAAUGGAUGGAAGAGGGAAUAGUAAUAAUAAUGUUCAUGAUCAUCCUCCAAAUGCAAAGUUUGAGUUCACUCCAACAUGGAUCAUUGCUGUUGUUUCAUCCAUUAUCGUUAUCAUUUCCUUCUCCCUUGAGCGUGGCCUUCAUCACCUUGGACAGAAGUUGCAGAAGAAACAGAUGGAUGAACUAAAUCAUGCGUUGCUGAAACUAAAAGAAGAGUUAAUGAUUUUAGGGUUUAUCUCCCUAUUAUUCAACGUGUUUCAAGGGGCAAUCGGACGUUUUUGUAUGCCCAAAGAUUUUGCAUACCAUAUGCUUCCAUGUAAGAGAAGUACCGUGCCCGUUGUUAAUCAUUUCUCAUCGUCAAAUUUUGUCGAUCACAAUUACAAUAUUCACCGUCAUCUAUUAUCGACAACUCAAGCUAAUUUUCAACAUUGCUCACGAAAAGGGAAGGUUCCUCUAUUAUCUUUGGAAGCAUUGCAUCAGCUCCAUAUAUUCAUAUUUGUGUUGGCUGUUGUUCAUGUCAUCUUCUGUGCUACAACCAUGCUUCUAGCCUCUGCAAAGAUACGAUUGUGGAAGAGAUGGGAAGAAUCUAUUGAUAAGCGCCAACCUACGCAAUCUGAAGAUGAUGAUGAGUUUAAUAAACGAGCCGUUGGCUUUUGGAGAAGGGCUGCCGUCAUUGCUUGGAUGAUGGCAUUUAGAAAGCAGUUUUAUGGAUCAAUUACAAAGUCGGAUUACAAAUAUCUUCGACGAGGCUUUAUUAAGAAACAUUGCCCAGGGGAACUUAAUUUUGAUUUCUAUGAUCACAUUAAAAAAACUUAUCAACAUGAUUUCAAGAAAGUUGUUGGUAUAAGUUGGUAUCUUUGGGCCUUUGUUGUGCUGUUCUUACUGCUUAAUCUUGAAGGAUGGCACACUUAUUUUUGGUUGUCAUUUCUACCGCUAAUUAUGCUACUUCUCGUGGGAGCAAAGUUGGAAUACAUAAUAACACGUAUGGCUCAAGAAUUAAACUUGAAAAUCGAAGACAAAGAAGCACAACAACAACAACGACAACAACAAGAACGUGAUGAAAGACAUUUCGAUAGACAACAACACCGUAGGAAUAUCAAUAGACAUGGUAGCCACCACCAUGUGGAUCCUUCCGAUGAGUACUUUUGGUUUCAUUCUCCUUCAUGUGUUCUUCAUUUGAUUCACUUCAUUCUCUUCCAAAAUUCCUUCGAGAUUGCCUUCUUCUUUUGGAUUUGGACAACUUAUGGAUUUAAGUCUUGCAUUAUGGAGAAACCUGCCUAUAUCAUCACCAGACUCAUUUUAGGUGGGAUUGUCCAAGUGCUAUGCAGUUACAGCACAUUGCCUUUGUAUUCUUUAGUCACUCAGAUGGGAAGUGAAUAUAAGAAGCCAUCUGAUCAUGAAGAGCAUGGCAAAGCAGAAGAAAGAAUUAGCUGAGGAAUAUCUUUCAUUAUUACCCAUAUAUAAUAUAUUUCGACUAUAUAUUGAACUGUAUGCAUUUUUCUAAAAAAAAUGAACUCCAAAUUUAAUUAAAUGAUGUGUGUGUGUAUAUAUAUUUCAUUCAUGAAGCUCACGUCAAUAUAUGUUGGGCUUUUCUUCUCCUAUUUGUGGCACUUUCUUGAGGGUUGGAAAAGGAGAAAAGUCCAAAAAUGCAAGAAAAUGCUAAUUAUAAUUCAUAUUGAUAAAUAAUGGUA